UUCAUCUUCUGGAUGCUGAGACUUUGAAAAUGAGAAUAGCAUGGAUUUGUUUCCUUAUGUCAUUACUGUGUAGGUGUACAGGUCAGAACUGCACUGUAACUUUGAUGGCAUCAGGAGUGGCUGAUACUAUACAUUCUAUAUGUAAAUACUUGUUGUGGGAAGCUGUCAAUAUCACUACUUCCAUCAAGUCAGACUGUUCACUGAACAAUAUACAGUACGACUGGACAGUUUAUCUGCGUUUUUAUAAUGAUCAAGAUCAACAUGAUCCAGCGUUUUAUAGCAGUUUGCUCAGUUUGGAAUCUGUUAAUAAGACUCGACCAACUCUCUUCUUUGCCAGACAUGAACUAAGGAAAGAAAAGAAAGGAAUUUAUGCUGUGAAUCUUGGUGUAAUUGCUUAUCUGGGAAGUACUUUAAUUCAACCAAAAGUAAUGACUUAUCACCUUAGACCGUCAAUUGGUUGUUAUUAUGAAGACCAAGAUGGCAACAAUUGUGAUUGGAUUAAAGACCAAAUGAAAGCAUUUGGGAUUAACACAUCAUUUAAAGAUACAAAACAUUGUGAAAAUGUAGCUGUUAGAAAGACCAGUAUUUUUGACAAAAUUUCAGGAAAGUUAUUGAAAAACAGUACUGUAAUGACCACACAUGAUGAAUUUAAUGACUUUAAACAAUCUAUAGAAGAUAACAGACAGCCUAUAGACCAGAACAGACAGCCCAUAGAUGAUAACAGACAGGAUGUUUCUGAUUCUGUACCAUGUAGAUGUAUUAUCUCCCCUAAGGAAGGAUAUUCAUUGAUCACACAGUUUAAUAUUACUUGUCAGGCCAAUACUACCAGUCUCCAUGAUACAGUUUUAUAUAAUGUGUAUCAAACAUUAGAAACUGGUAAACAUGAUAUGAUUUAUUUAGGUCAUUCACCUAACAUGACUUUCCUUUACCUGCAUGCUGGACACGAGAAUAAGAAUUAUACAUAUAAUAUAAGUAUAUCGGUAGACAAGGAGCAUGGCUUGAAUAUAGUUGGUAAAUGUACAGAUCUAGAAGUAAAGGUUUUUCCAAUGAGUAUGUAUACCAGUGGUGAUGUGAAAAAUGUUAUCACAGAUCUGAUUGGCAGUGAUGUAAAUUCUAAUGACAGUGUUAUCAAUAACCUCAUGGACAAUGGAGACUAUUCAAGUGCUGUUAACAUCUUAGGAGGUGUGGCAUCAUCAUUGAAUGAUAAUGUCAACAAAUCAAGUGGGGAAGAAAAUAAACAGAUUAGAGAAGUCAUUGUCUCCAGUUUAACGAAAGUAUCAGUUACAAGUUUGGAUGAUCUAGAUCUGGUGGCAGGAGUGCUGAAUUCAGCUACAUCAAUAUCAGAUGAAUUGACAGAUUAUACCCAGGAUACAGCUUUAGAUAUGUACUCCAGUUUAACGGGAGUUUUAUCUGAUCAGAUUAACAGUACAGCUACAAAUAAAGGAGAAGAAUCUGUUGGCCUAUUGUUGGAUGGUUUGUCGUUCAUGUUAGAUACAAAUACAAAUAAAGGAUCAGAAGAAAUGGAGAUCACCACAAAUCAUUCCCAUGUUGAUACUACAAAGGUCUCGAAGGUACAGAAAUCAAGUAAAAAGAUUUUAACGUUGGUAGAUUCUAUAGCAGAUGCUGCUCUGGCUAUCGCUAAGCCUGCUGCAGAACCAUUAGUGUUUGUUACAGAUAAUAUGAAUAUUGCUGUGAUGAAAAAGUCUCCAGCCAACACACUAGGUCAGAAUCUGGCCAACUCUAGGUCAUCUAAUAUUGGACAAUUCUCACUACCUAGUGAUUCUCGUUUCAGUGAUGUUUUAGACAAUCUGCAAGGAGACAUAAGUUUACAGAUGAUGCUUAUCGAUAAAAAUCCGUACGUUUGGGAUCAAUCAUCUCAUGAUGUUACAACACCUGUUGUAUCCCUCAAAAUGAAGACCAGUGAUAAAAAAGUGGUAACAGUUACUGAUUUACAGGAACCAGUUGAAAUACAAAUUAGUAAUCGAGCUGUGACAGAAACUACACAUUUCACUUUGGAGAUUCCGCUUAAGUUUGUAAAUAAUACUUAUCGAGUCGAUAAGAUAUCAAUGUUAAAAAUAAGUACAAAUCUGACUAAAGGACAUUCAAUUAUUAUGUCUGUUAGAAGUCAACAGCUAGACUUCCAAUUCAGAAUUCUACACCAACCUCAUGGUGAUCAGACAAAAUUGAAUUUUACAAGUGGGAUUCUGCUAGAUGAUGGAAACAAUUUUACAUUUAUAAGUACAUCUGCAUCUGCUGACAGCCUUUAUUACACCUAUAUAUCUCCAGUAUUACACAGUUCAUCAGAUGUAUCAUUCACUCAAUAUGAUCUCGAUAAUAACUUUAAUACGAUUUGUGAGUCUGGGAUAGCAUGUGAAGAUAAUACCAAACUUCUGGUUAAUUUAACUGUGGAGAGUUACAGUGUAGCCUGCUUGUAUUGGAAUGAAGAAAAGGAAGCUUGGAAGAAUGACGGCUGUCAGGUCUCGGAACAGACAACACCAGAAGUUAUUCACUGUCAAUGUACACAUUUAACAUCAUUUUCUGGCAGUUUUUUGGUAUUACCAAAUAUGGUAGAUCCAUUUGCAGAUGCAGCACUAUUCCUGACUUUCUUUGACAACCCUAUAGUAGUAUGUACUGUGAUAGUUGUAUGGUUUAUAUUCUUGGCAGGAGUAUUCUGGGCCAGAAAAGCUGACAAAAGGGAUGAGGCUCAGGCUGGUAUCAUCAUCCUAUCAGAUGCCAACCCUAACCAUUCAUACCAGUAUUUAAUGUGUGUAGUAACAGGAUGGUGGGCAGGAGCAGAAACAACAGCCAAGGUUUCUUGUUGUGUCCAUGGGAACAAAGGUCACAGUACUAAACAUUGUUUGUCAAACUCUGUUGUUGGUAAAGGAUGUUUCAAGGCAGGCUGGGAAGAUUGGUUUAUGUUUACUUCAUCUCAUCACCUUGGAGAUUUAGAUUCUAUAACCAUCUGGCAUGACAACUCAGGAACUUCACCAUCAUGGUUUUUAACAAGAGUACUGGUUCAGGACUUGAGAACAAAUAAAGUCUACAGCUUUAUAUUGGGUGAAUGGAUUGGUGUGGAGCGAGGUUCUGUCAAAGUUACUAUCCCAUGUGUAAAACCAGAAGAUUUCAACACAUAUAAAAACCAAGAAUUCCUUCUCAAGUCUAGUCGGGACCUAAGAGAUGGUCAUCUAUGGCUGAGUAUCUUGUCCAAGCCAUGUCAAAGUCAUUUUACACGUGUUCAGAGACUUAGUUGCUGUUUAUCCCUACUUCUAUGUGCUAUGUUGACUAGUAUAAUGUUCCACGGAGUACCUACUGAUGACCCAGACGAUCAGGUUAAAGUGGCAUCUAUCAGUCUGUCAUUGGCUGAUAUAGUCAUUGGCAUUGAAUGUGGAUUGAUCAUGUUUCCAAUUAAUUUGAUCAUUGUAAAGCUGUUUCUGAGGACAGGGCUUAAACCUAAGAAACAAAGGUCUUCUAGGAGGAAAUAUCAGUUUGAUGACUGGUUUGAAAGGGUAGAAAUCGUAGAGGAAAAACAGCUUAUAAACGAUGAUGAAGAUGAAGAGUUGAUUGGUGAAGAAAAGCUUCAACAGGCACAACCCAAAAUGUUGCCAUGGUGGUGUUUAUAUAUAGCCUGGACUAUUGUCAUAACUGUAUCUCUGAUAAACUCAUACUUUGUUAUGUUGUACGGUCUUAAGUAUGGGUACCAGAAAAGUGUGGAAUGGCUUGUGUCAUUUUUCACAGCUUUCUUCCAGAGUGCCUGUUUCCAACAGCCCAUUAAAGUUUUUGCUAUAGCAAUGAUUCUGACUUAUAUAUUCAAGAAACCAGUUGAAAUUGAAGGACUUAAAGUCGACAUUGCACUCAGAGAUGCAGUGCUUUAUGAACAAGAUAAAGAUGACGAAACAUUACCCCAGUACAUUGUUCCUGAUCCAGCUUCCAAAAAACUGCUCCAAAAGAUAAUGUCAAAGUUAGCCAUGGAAGGAUUAAUUGAGGAACGCCUUAGGGAGAUAAUUCUGUACUUCUUGUUUGUUACAAUAGUAUUAUUUGUUAUCCAUGCCCAUAGAAAUGUCAGGACAUCAUUCUACUGUGGUAAUGCUUUAGAGGAUAUAUUUAUUAGGAAAAGUUGGAAGAAAGAUCGAUUGAGUUUCCCUGAUAUAACAAAUUUACCUAAGUUCUGGGAUUAUAUGAGAGUGAAGGCCUUACCAGGUUUGGAUGAUAUAGAAAAUGGAGACAAGACAGUAGAAACCCAUGGGGAUGAUUUCUUUCUGGUUGGACCAUAUAGAUUGAGACAACUUAGAGUGAAACAAAAUACUUGUCCUACACCAGAAUAUAUCAGACAAGCAUUCUCCUUAACUGUGGAAUGUUCAGACAAAUAUUGGCUUGGUAAUGAGGAUACCAAACACUACAACCAAACCUGGAACCAGACAGUUACCAUGGCUCCUCUAACAGCUGAUCACUGGACCUACCAGACAGCAUGGCAGCUAAGAACCAUUCCUUACGCUGGUACCCAGGCCACAUACAGUGGUGGUGGAUAUAUAAAAGAGAUCACCCCUAGCUCCAUGUCACAACAGACAAUAGAUAAAUUAAUGACUGAUGGUUGGAUAGAUGGAAGAACAAGUGCUAUUUUUCUGGAAUUUAAUUUGUAUAAUCCUAAUGUUAAUAUGUUUAGCGUAGUCAUGUUCCUGUUUGAAUUUUCUGCAAAUCGUGGAAUUUUUCCAUAUUUUCAGAUUUUUACCACUAAGUUAUAUCACUAUGGCAGCGGGACUGAGAUUGCUGCAGCAGUUUGUGAAGUUUUAUUUGCCAUAUUCACGAUCAUUUUUACGUACUACGAAGGGAAGAAAUUUAAAAGAAUGGGAUACAGAUAUUAUUUCACUUUUUUCUGGAAUUUGAUUGAGUUUAUAACCAUAUGCCUGUGUUACAGUGUUAUAGGUCUGUUUUUUCAGAGAAUGGUGACUAUUACAUGGAUAAUGGAUAAAUAUAAACAAACCAAUAGACUGGAGUUUGUCAGUUUUUACGCUGCUGUGUGGUGGGAUUUUAUACAGCUUUAUCUAAUGGCAUUUCUUGAAUUCCUUAUCAUUGUCAAAUUUCUAAAAAUUCUGUCAUUUAAUCAAAACAUGCAGUUGUUAUCAAUUACCUUGAACCAUGCCAAGAAAUCACUGUGUAAUUUUUCUCUUCUGAUUUUUGUUUUAAUCUUUGCCUUUGCCCACUUUUGUCUCUUAGCAUUUGGAAAUGUAUCUCCAAAUUACAAGAGUGCUUCAAGUAGUAUUUUGACAUUAUUUAAUUUUGCUAUUGGUGUUUCCGAUUAUUAUGGUCUACAGCGUGCACAUAGGAUUCUAGGUCCUAUAUUUUUCUUUCUUUUUGUAUUGGCUGUAAUAUUUAUAUAUCUUACAGUAUUCAUGUCUAUUGUCAAUUUUGCAAUUACAAAAUCCAAAGAAGAAAAAGGGAAGAAGAAGAAUGAGUUAGAAGUGGUUAAUUACCUUCUUACUAAGUUAGCUAAUAUCUUGCCGGUUGAGCUUGCUUCUAGAAUGAAAGUGAAAUAUUAUGAAAACUGAUGCAUAAUUUAUCUUUUAAACUGUAAAUUUUUAUUUAAAAAAUUUUUUUUGUUAUUUGUGUUAAAAAUUUAAAACAUACUGUGGAUUCAUUUAUAUUUGGAUACCAAUUUUUUGGGGGUUUUGUGGGUACAGAGGCAUGAGUAAAAAGGUUUUACAAAUUACAAAUUUCCAUAACAUUGUAAUACAGUCAAACCUGAUUAAACCGGACCCUGAAUAAACUGGCUUCCUGUACAUUCCGGCCGAAAAUGAAAGUCCCAUUUUUUUCUCUUCAAAGUCUUUGUUAAAAUACCCUUAGUAAACCGGAAACCCUGUGUAUUCCGAAUUCCGGUCUAAUUAUGAAAUCCCAAUACUCUAAAUUACAUUAAUUAUUACCUGUCAAAACCGGUUUGA